AUGGGACAGCAGGCUUCUGCUGUGCCGGAUGAUUCGCCAAAGGAGCGAAGUCCCGGCGGUUCCUCGUCUUCGAAGGAUUGGUGCAAGGAUGCGACAUCCGACGUGCAGAAGCCCAACCGCCACACCGACUUCGUGCGAAUCGUGCCUCCGGCUCGACCGGCACCACGGGCGAGUGGAUUCAGGUGUGGUGAGGCGUUGCCGAAAGGCCCUGAUGUGCUGGUCUCCGAGAUAACGUCGACUUCAGCAACAGUCUUCUGGUCCAACAACCAGGACACGCGGAAAGCGCACAUAGACGUAUUGUUGGAGAAGAAAGGCAGCUCUCUUCCCUUUGCCUUCUUCGAGGCCUCCGGGGAUGCGGCGUCCUUCGAGCUGCCUGAAGGCAGCCUCCCCAAGUCGGCUGGGCCCUUCAGGGCUCAGGUGGUGCUUGAGAGCGGUCCGGCAGAUCGGCCUCAACUGACAGAGCCCGGCAUGUCCGAACCUUUCUUCACGCCCGCCGAGCCGCCCUCGGCCGUUGUUUGCUUGCGACUCUUGGGCGAACCGCGUGCUGACGGUUUCACGGUGGAGUGGCAACCACCUGCAGAUGAUGGUGGCAAUCCUGUCGAAGUUUACGAGGUGCAUUUGAGCAGUUCGCAGAAAGACGAGGGGGUGCCUGCCGAGAGGGCCCAGGUGCGUCUCGCCAACGGCAAGAGCCCGAUACUGUGCCACAGCACACAACAGUGCUUCUCCGGGCUGGCGCCGGGUUCAGACUACACGGUGGAGGUCUGCGCCGUUGCUGCUGGCGUGAGCAGUGCCCUGGCCACGAUCGAGGGACAAAACGUCGAAUCGACGUGGAUGCUGCAGCCGCUGUCUGCUCCACGUCCCCCGACGAUUUUCAGCUUUCCGGUAGAUCCCCUCGACGCCAUGGCCUUCCAAUCCGCCGACGUCGUCGCCGCCUUGGACAUGGUGCGACGUGCCGUCGCUUCCGGCGAUGACCUUAGUCAGCUCUUCGCCGAGUGGAGCGGAUUGGAACGGCGGGCCCUGGUGGCGGCGAUCAACAGUCCAGCUGCCGCCCCGGGGCCCGUCGUGUAUGGCGACUCGUCGCGGGUGACACCGGCGAGUUCAAGUGGAGUGGCAGCAGCAGUGCCGGCGCCGUCGGAUGACCCGUGCCCGGAACCCCCCGUCGACAGGCAUCACGCGCCUCCUUCGGCGCACGCGGGGGUCUCCGGAGCACCGUCGUCCUCGGCCGACAUGCCGGCGGCAGGAAAGCCAUCGGGUGGUGGCUACCCGCAGAAGCCCACCCGUCCGGCGCCGUCGGUGCCGAAAGGCAGCCCGCCGGAAGUCUGGGACCAGGUCAUGGGGUAUCUCUGUCGGACCGACGCGGAGUUGGCAUACAAGCACAACAUCCCGACGGCCGACGCCUACUACCGGCGGUACCAGACGGUGCUUCCGGAUCGGAUCACGCCGUCGACGGUGAUCCCUGGGCCGCCGCCGCCGGCUGCCCCGUCCCCGUCGGUGCCGAUCGUCGACUACCAGGACCGCAUUGCCGAGGAGCUCCGGCGGCAGUUCGAGGAGGAGUCGCGACACCAGCGCACCGUCGGGCCGCAGGUGAAAGCCAUGCCGGCCGCUUCGGCACCGUCGCCGUCGCCGCCAGCACCGUCGGGUUCAUUUCGCAGGGCACCUACACCAACGCCGCAAGAGAUGUAUCCCGACGCGGAUCCGAUCACUGGCGCCGGCUUCCCCAUCCUUCCACGGCGGCCGGGGCAGAACGCCUCCCCCGCCGAGCUCGAGCGCCACAGGCGCGAGUACCGGCGUCUGGCCCACAUCCGCCGGAUGCUUUGCUCGCAGGAGUGGCGCGACCACGUCGAGCUGAUGGGCAAGUCCGGCGUGAGGUCCGACGUGACGCUGCCGGAGACGCUCCGGCCCCUCACCGUCGCCAACCUGGAGCACUUGGAGGACAUUGAGAGGGCCGCCGCCGACGGCUCCACAGCCAUGGUACCGGCGGCCGCCGCAGCGGCUUACUAUGUGCUGCGGGCGCUGCCGCCCGGCGUCCGGGGAGGCCGCAUUCCGGAGAAGAUCCCCGGCAAAAUCUGGUGUGUCGGGUGGUGCGGGCACCCGUGCACCAACGGACUGCCACGAGCAGUCCCGGCACCGGUGAUCCGGUCGGCCGGCCCCCGUCGCUAUCUCACCGUCGCCGUCUUCUACAAGGUCGACCUCACCGACGGCCUUGUCGCUGGCGACGUGGGCGCCGCCGGCGCGAGAAAGGAGGGCGCCCAGGCCGGCGCACGCCUAGGCCCCUUUGGCCCCAUGCGGCCCCGCCGCGGACAGACGGCGGACUUCGGCCGGCUGGUGAGGGCAUUCGUCGAGCUGGGGGCAUCCGACCAUUUGCCCCUGUUGCCGACAGUGGGCGCCGUGGACGUCGACUCCGCCCUCGCACGGGCCUCGGCGUUAGUCACAGCUGGCGUCCCGGCCACACUCCUCGAAACACUCGCCGGUUGGAGGACCGGCCCCGUCAACUCAGAUCGUGCCGGCGGGGCCCAUUCCGCUCAGAAGGAACAGGGAGCGCUGGCGGAAAUCGACGAGAACAUCCUGGCGAAGUCGUCCCAGGCACCCUUCCAGUCGAGAGUCCGCACGUGGCAGGAAGCGUGCGAGACUUGGGCCGUCGCUCCCUGGCCCAUCUCGGCGGAGGCGGUGCGGAAAGUUGCCGCCACCUUCCGUCGAGGCGGCUAUCGCUCCGUCCAGAACUAUUUCGACGCCGCCGUGUCCUACCAGGAACAGUUUCGCGGCGAGGCCGUCGACCCCCUCAUCCGGCGGGCCAUGCGACGCUAUGCCCGGGCAGUGGUCCGUGGCCUGCCCGGCUCGAAGCUGAAGGCCAUCUUCGCCGUCGACCGCCUGGUGGCCCUGGUCUCCAGGGUGGACCCGCCGGGGGCCGACAUUGAUGUCGCCGACGGCACCGUCGCCCUCCGGCUUCCCCUGCACAAGACCGCGACCGGCGGCGGGGUCGAGCUGACCCAACGCCAGCUACGGUGCACUUGUGGGGCAACCGUGGCGCCGUUGUGCCCCUACCACGCGGCGCUACGCCAUGUCUCCCGCCUUCGGCGUGCCGGACGGUGGGUGCGUGGGGCACCCCUGUUCCCCGACGGGACCGGUGACACCUGGGAGAAGUCAGAGACCGUCCUCUUCUUCCGGCGGGUCCUGCUGGCGGCGGGGAUCCAGCUGACCACCACCGACCACAACGGCGCCACCGUCCAGCUCUUCAACGGCCAUUUGGCACGGGUGGUCAACACGCCCAUCAUCCAGUUGCUGGGCCGAUGGUCGUCGGCCGCCGUCGAGCGGUACGUCCAGGCAGCGCCGCUGGCAGUCGCCCCGGACGUCCCCCGGCGCAUAUUGGCGGAUGACGUCGAGAUAGUCAGCGUCCGGCCGGCGUAUGGCGACGCCAUCUCGCAGGUGGAGACGCCGCCGCACGAGGAUCACUCCCCGACGGUCGCGUUCGAGCCCGGCCCCGUCAGACCUGAGACGGUGAAGCAGGUCGCCGUCGCGCCGCCGGAGCACCUCAUUUACAAUGAGCGGCAGAAACGGGCUCACCUCGUCGCCGACGUCCUGACCGACUUCGACGACCUCGCCACGUCGGCGGGGGCGGGUCCGGACCUCGUCGAGUACCUGAAGGUGCGGUCUCUCAACCGCACGGCUACCCUCGCCCUCGUCGCUGACGAGUGGUCCGACGUGGACGCGAGGGUCUUCCAGCCGUUCCGCGACGGCGACGAGAUCGCCGGGAAGACAUACAAAGCGACGCCGGCGGAGCAGCCAGUCGUCCGGGCGAUCAUCCGCCACAUGUGGUCGGAGGCCCGGCGGCAGUGGAACGAGUUCUCCACCCCUGCCCCGGCCCCGUCGACGGCCGCACCGCCGCCGGCCACCCUGCCGACGAUGGUCGGCGAGAAGCCGCCGCGGACCUUCCCGGAGUGGACCGACCUCGUCGCCCGCUACAACGCCGUCCAGCUCGGGGGUGAGCCCCGCUCGUUCCCGGCGGAGCGCCUCGUCGGAGCAGAGGAGGUGCUCGCCAGGAUCCACUGGGAGCACACCAAGUCUACACGCCGCUCGGCCUCGGCGAGAUCCUCCCUCGGCGUCGUCAAUCCCCUCGCCGGCCGUCGCAGCACCGGCGGGGCACAGCAUCAAGUUCGUGGACGGCGGCCUGGCGGUGGAGGAGAACCAGCCGUUCGUCCCGAGGGGCAUUUGGGCCGUCGUCGACGGCCUGGACGCCAUCCGCUGGGCGUGGGUCCUGACCGGCGUGGGGACAGAGGCCGGUACGUCGAUUGGUGGACGACCAAAGCCCGGCUUCACUCGAGCAAGCUCGAGGCCGUCGUCGCCUACUGGGACGCCACGGCGCACCAGCUCGCCAUGUCCAUGCGCCUCGCCCGUACCUUCGAGGAGGUGACCUCGGCGAUCCUGGCGGACCAGGCGGCGUUCAAUGAGGCACUCCAGUCUGCCGUCAAGCCUGGCCCGCCGAGGAGACCGACGGGGGCACCGACGGGCGGCCCACCCAGCCACCCGACGGAGGACGACCACACAGCCGACACCCCCAAGGGAUACGAAAUGGCACAAGCCAGCGUUUGCUAA